AAGGAGCAGAACCAGCAUCAAAUAAACCAGGGCGAUGACCAUUACACCUCUCUUCGAGCUCGUGCAAACGAAGAAGGUAAUAGCAUGGCCCGCGCUUUUGAGGAGAGCCACCAGGCCUACUCUCGCGGAGAUGGAGCACUCGCAAAGCAGCUAUCAAAUCAGGGCAAGGACCAUCAACGCAGGAUGGAACAACUCAAUAAAGAGGCAAGCGAUUGGAUAUUUGCGGGUCAGAACCGCAAACCCGGAGAAGUAGAUUUGCAUGGGCUUUAUGUGAAGGAAGCAGUAGCACGUACUGAUCAAGCUUUACAAUCAGCAAAAGCAAGGGGCGAUACUCAGCUCAACCUCAUCGUUGGUAAGGGACUUCACUCCAAGGGGGGGAUUGCCAAGGUUAAGCCUGCCAUUGAAGAGCUCAUGCAAAGGCAUCGGGUGAAUGCCGUGUUGGACCCCAAUAAUGCGGGAGUGCUGAUUGUGCAAAUAAACUCGAAUAUGGGAGAGCACAGCGUCGGACCUGAUGAAAUUUCACGUUGUUUGGAGCGCAAUGAUGAAAGCUGUAUCAUUAUGUAG